AUGCACUUUUUGGCCUUUCCCUUUCCCUUUCCCUUUCCCUUUUCUUUUCUAAGCAGAUCAUCUUCUUCUUAGGAAUCUGUAAUAUCUAAACCCAGCCUUACACCUAAUCUUCUUCUUCCUUUCCCCAAUCUAACUCUCCUUUUCUCUCUUUGCUUUACCCACCUUCUUCUUCUUCUUCUUCUUCUUCUUCUUAUUAUCCUACAGUUUUAGAAAAAAAAAAACCAUUUCUUCCAAGUCCUUCCUAUAAAAAAAAAGUCAAUACUCGAUUUGGGCAUAUGGGUUUUGCCUGAUUUCCAGUUUUUGAGCUUUGGAAGAGCCUAUGUUGAAGGAGAUUGAAUCUUGGGUUGCUUCAAGGUGGGGUUUAGUGUUAGAGUACUGGGAUUUCUUGGUUGAUUCCAAUCAAUCAUAGAUUUAUGAGAUAAGGGUGUUUGUGAGUUUGAAUUGGAUUUGAGAGUAGGAGAUGAAGAGAGGAAAAGAUGAUGGGAAAAGUAUGGGACCUAUGUUCCCAAGAUUACAUGUAAAUGAUACAGAGAAAGGAGGACCUAGAGCACCUCCAAGGAAUAAGAUGGCUCUUUAUGAACAGCUUAGUAUACCAUCCCAGAGAUUUGGUUCUGGAAUUCUUCCUCUGAAUUCCAAAUCUGCAAGCAAUAUGGUUCCUUCAGCUUCCUCAAGUCAGGGGUGUGGUGUUGAAAGAAACACAGUCUUUCCUCGCAACGGACCUCCUUCAAUGCCUACUCAUUGGUCCGAAAAUUUCCAGCCUCGUGAUUUUGAGGGAAAAAUCAGAAAUGCUUCUGCGGCCGCGGCACAACAUGAGCAGAGAAAGAAGGUAGGAGAUGACGAUGAUGAUUUUAUGGUUCCUAUAUUUGUUCAAGCAACAGCAGGUCAGUGUGUCGGUGGAGAAACAUUUUCUUCGGUAAGCUCUACUCGUACUGGACAGCCCGUGGGUAGACAAAAUAUCCAUGACAAGAAUCCAAAGCAAAAUAAUUUGACGGCUGCCACUUUUAGCCGAGACCCAGGAAGUGAGAGAAGAGAGGACGUGAGAGCAAAUUUCCAAAGUGAGAAUCAUAUUGUGACAUCAAUUAGAGAGAAGAUUGAUGGGCCUUCGAAGAAAAUCAAAGAAUCUUCAAAUAUGGAAAGCAUUGAGCAUGCUGUGUCUAAUUUUAGCAGGUCAUGUGAUAGUGGGGUUGGCUUACAAGAGUCUAGAGUUGGGGGGGCACAGCUAGGGAGUGGUGGACAGCGUGAUCAUCUCAACAAAUCAGCAAGGGACAUGGAGGGAGGGAAUGACUUUCAGCCGAGAAGUGAGUCCCAUUGUUGGGUGGAACGUAGCAGAUCCAAUGAACCUGAGAAUGAUAGCGACCACAACAGCAAUAGCAACAGAACUUGUAUCUCCUCACAGCUUGAAGUUGAAAAUGUAGAUAAAUUCGAUGAUGGCUCUGAGACAUCAAUGGUGGAUUCGAUAUCGGGCACAGAUAUCUCUCCGGAUGAUGUUGUUGGCAUAAUAGGUCAAAAACAUUUUUGGAAAGCAAGAAGAGCAAUUGCCAAUCAGCAAAGAGUAUUUGCAGUUCAACUAUUUGAGUUGCAUAGAUUGAUAAAGGUCCAACGAUUGAUUGCUGGAUCACCAAAUAUCAUGCUUGAAGAUGGUGACAUCUUAGAAAAAUCCUCCUUGAAGAGCUAUCCAGCAAAGAAACUUUCACAGGAGUAUGUUGUUGUAAAGCCACUCCCUGUUAUUGCUUGUUGCAAAGACGAUUCAGAGAAGCCAAAUCAAAAAAUGGAGUUUUCUGCAGAAAAUGCAGUUGGGAAAGAAUCCUUUUGCUCUAUCGAAACAACUAGUCAUUUUAUGAACUACGGACCAUACAUGGGACAUCUGCAGACAGUGGCUACCAUGACCGAUAAUGGAAUGGGUCCUUGGGGUUUCCAUCAACCACCAGGUCCUCAGUGGUUGGUUCCAGUAAUGACUCCUUCUGAAGGCCUUGUAUACAAGCCAUACAUGGGACCUGGAAUGAUGGGAGCAGGUUUUGGAGGGCAUGGACCUUUUGGUUCAGGUCCUGUUCCAGGUAAUUUCGCCAAUUCAGCCUAUGGAAUCCCAGCUUCGGAUCAUCAAGGAAUCGGGGUUUUCCCCGGUACUUAUCCAGUUAGUCAUCCGUACUAUCCCCCGUAUGGCAUGCCAAUGUCUAAUUCAAUAAAGUCAGGUUUGGCAGUUGAAGAAGGCAGCCAGUUUUCAGGACCUGGUGCGCACGGUGAGAUUGGUCAGAUACCUGGGGCGGAAGUCCAUUCAAACACGGAGCAACAGGGCUCCUGUAAUCUGCCAACCAAGAAGAGUGUAUCCGUUCCCAAAGCCAGGAAGUUUCAGGCAUCUAAAGGCAGUGUUGAUUUUCAAGGAAGUACAGCUAACAGUCCUAGAGUUGGGAGAACAAAAGAAAAUGGGUCGAGUCACAAUGCUCCUCCUACGGCUCCUGUUGUUCCAGAGGUUGCUUCUUCUCAGCCUGAUCAUCAUCAUCACGAUGAUACUGACCAGCCAAUCCGAGUGAUCAAAGUCGUACCCCACAAUGCGAGGACCGCAACCGAAUCAGCUGCUCGGAUAUUCCGAUUCAUACAACAAGAGAGAAAGAAAACAAUUUGAAUCGGUCUAGAUUACUUUUAUGUUUCUAUCUUGUGUUUGUAACGGAAUUUCAGUUCCCCUUUGUUUUUGACCAAGUAACUGUAGUAUAUUCAGACAACGUGCAUGGCAUAGCUGUGGAAGAUCACUACUACCGUUGAGUGUAACAUAAAAUAUAUACAUAAAUAUGGUGUCUCUUUCAAGUUUCGUAUGUAGUGGAGCUGUAGAGGCAUUGAAUUUUGGAAUGA